CCGAGCCUGCUCCAUGCCCUGGGGUCACAUUUCCCCCCGGAACUGCCUCCCAAUUUGCAGGAGGAAGAUGCUCCCAGACGCGGCCCGCUGCAGCGACGGCAGAGCUUCGUCAUGGUCAAGGGAGCUGCACGGCUCCUGCCUGCCGAGGAGCCCCCCCCGGCCGAGCCCCCCCCGGCCGAGCCCCCCUGCCAGGCCCCGGGACAGCAGGAGCGGCACCUGCACCUCAUGAUGCAGCUGCUGCGCCCCCAGGACGCCAUUCGGCUGGCGGUGCGGCUGGAGUCGGCGCGGCCGCGGCGGGUGCGGUACCUGCUGCUGGUGCGGCCGGAGGAGGCGGGAGCCGAGGCGGAGACGGCGCUGCUGGGCGUGGAUUUCGCCCACGAGGGGGCCACCCGCUGCACCCUGGGCAUGGUGCUGCCCCUCUGGAGCGACACCCAGGUGUUCCUCGACGGCGACGGGGGGUUCAGCGUGACGUCGGGGGGAGAGACACGCAUCUUCAAGCCCAUCUCUGUGCAGACCAUGUGGGCCGCGCUGCAGGAGCUGCACCGCGCCUGCGAGGACGCUGCCCGCGGCGGGCACAUCCGCGGCCCGCUGGCCUGGGCCCGCGGCUACGCGGCGGCGCCGCUCGAGCAGAGCUGCCUCAACGAGUGGCUGGCCAUGGCCGACCUCGAGUCCGUGCGCCCCGCCUCGCCCACGCCCCUCCGGCCGGCCGCGCCGGAGCUGUCGGAGCAGGCGGUGCGGGCGCUGCUGCGGGACGUGAUGGCCACCGCCGACCUGGAGAACGUCACCUCCAAGGAGGUGCGGGAGGAGCUGGAACGGCGCACGGGGCACAGCCUGGCCGAGCACAAGGACUUCAUUGACAACGAGAUGCUGCUGGUGCUGGCGCAGAUGGAUCGGCCUUCCCGCGUCUUCCCGCACCUCUUCCUGGGCUCCGAGUGGAACGCAGCCAACCUGGAGGAGCUGCAGCAGAACAGGGUCACCCACAUCCUGAACGUGGCGCGGGAGAUUGACAACUUCUUCCCCGCGCUGUUCACGUACAUGAACGUGCGGGUGUACGACGAGGAGGCAGCCGAGCUCCUGCCCCACUGGAACGACACCUUCCUCUUCCUCUCCCGCGUCCGGGCGGCGGGAGGCCGGGCGCUGGUGCACUGCCGCAUGGGGCUGAGCCGCUCGGCCGCCACGGUGCUGGCCUACGCCAUGAAGGAGUUCGGGUGGCCCCUGGAGCGGGCGCUGCGGCACGUCCGGCACUGCCGGCCCGGCGUCCUGCCCAACCCCGGCUUCAUGCGCCAGCUCGACUUCUACCAGGGCAUCCUGAGCGCCAGCCGGCACAGCAGCCUGUGGGAGCCCCGGGUGGCCGAGGUGCCACACCCCGAGGAGGACACCGCGAGGGACACGAGUGGCCUGUCCCCUCUGUGCUCCCCGCUGGCGUCCCCGCAGCCCUCCGAGGAGGAGGCAGCUGCAGGGGGGCUGCUGGGGACCUCUCGGCGCCCCCGCAUCUCCCUGUGCUCUGUCAUGCGGAGCAUCAGCCUGCUGGAGACCCCCGAGCCCCUCGAGCUGCUGGGGGAGCCCCUGGCCGGGGAGGUGUUUGAGGCCACGGAGGAAGCAGAGGGUCCCUCCCCGAGGUCACGACCCUCGUCCCGCCCGCGCCGCGUGGUGCGCCAGGCCAGCUUGGAUGGUGGCCCCGCCCCGUUUUGUGACCACGCCCAUAGUGAUGACCACACCCAGGGCCACGCCCAAGCACCUGGCCACGCCCACACGGAUGAACGCACGCCUUAAUUUGGGCACUGCCAUAGCAACAAGGGGUGGGCGUGGCCUACGUCUGGGGGCGUGGCCAGCGAGCCGGCACGCCCCGCCCACACCCCGCUCGCACCCCGGGGCCGGGACGUGUCUGUGCCCCAGCCCCACGCACACAAACACUGACACCGCUCCUGC